UCCAAAGAACACGGUUGUCUGUGAGGCUGGGAGACGGACACUGGGGAUACGUGUCUUUGCGUUGGACUGAGUAAUCAGAUUUAAAAGUAGCUGCUUUUAAUCAACGUGUCUAGUACUCUAGCAACAACUGGUGAAAGAUUUUGACAGGACAGGGACAUCUUUAAUCAUGGACAUCUACGAUCCCCAGACGCUUGGCAUCAUGGUGUUCGGUGGAUUCAUGGUAAUCUCAGCCAUUGGGAUUGCCCUGGUCUCCACCUUCUCCAUGAAGGAGACGUCUUACGAAGAAGCGUUGGCAAAGCAGCGCAAGGAGCUGGGGAAGACCCAACCUCAGCAACAGCGGUCUGAGAAGAAGAAGAAAGACAAAGCAGCAGAGAAGAAGAACCGAGCAAAGAAAAAGGAAGAGAAGCCCAACGGGAAGCUCCCAGAGGCAGAGUCUGCUCCUGAAGGCAGCUCUGCUGCUAAUCAACCAGAUGCAGCCCCUCCUACACCACCUACCCCCGAACCUGCACCGGUCCAAGCUCCGACCUCCAAAACUAGCCCAGCUCCCACUUCAGCCCAGAAACCUACAGUGGCUCCUACUCAGAAAUCGACUCCUCCUGCUCCUGCCCCAGCCCAAAAAUCUGCACCUGCCUCAAACCAAAAACCUGCCUCCUCUGCUCCUGCCCCUAAACCAACUCCGGCCCCGACUCAAACUACGACCCCUGCUACGGCAACACGUCCUGCCCCUGCAGAACCCCAACCUGCUCCGUCACCCAAGGACAAGAAGAAAAAGGAGAAGAAAGUGGCCAAAGUGGAACCUGCGCAAACUCAGGCCGUGACAAAGUCAGCUCCAAAACAGGAGACGGCAGUGAAGGAGGUGCCAGUGAUGGCAGUGCCCCCAGUGGGUACCCAGAAAAGUGCACCUCCAGCUGCCAAAGCAGAGGAACAAAAGUCAGAGGCUCCUUCUAAGAAGAAAGGAUCAUCCAAGAAAAAAGCAGAGCCUGCCCCACCUGCAGACUCUGCAGAUGUGCCAUUGUACCUGCCCUACAAGACCUUGGUUGGCACGUUGAAGAGCAUGGUGUUCAGUGAGGGGGAGGCUCAUAAGCUGAUUGAGAUCAUCUCGGAGAAGGCUGGCAUCGUUCAGGACGUCUGGCACACGGCCACUCAGAAGGGUGACCCUGUGGCCAUACUGAAGAAACAGCUGGAGGAGAGAGAGAGACAGCUGGCCACAGAGCAGCAGGACGCGGCGGCAGCCAAGAACCGUCUGAGGGAGCUGACCAAGGAGUUGUCUGCCGAGAAGUCUAAAGUUGCUCAUGUGGAGACGAAGCUGAGCUCCCAGCUGAGUGCGCGGCAGCAGGAGAUGAUCGCUCUGCAGGCUCGGAUGCAGGCCAGCUACCAGGACCACGUGGCCGAGACACAGAAACUCAAUGCCAAGAUCACGAGUCUGCAGGAGCAGUUGGAGAAGGGUCCAAAUGCCCAGCUUGCACGGCUGCAGCAAGAGAACUCCAUACUCCGCGAUGCCCUCAACCAAGCCACCAGCCAGGCGGAGAGCAAACAAAACGCAGAGCUUGCCAAGCUUCGGCAGGACUGUGCAAAGCUAACGAAGGAGUUGGGGGAGAAGAGUGACGCUCUGCAGGCAGAUGAGCAAGUCAGGAAGAGCCUAGAGGCUAAGGUGGUGGCAUCUGAGAAACAGCUCUCUCAGCUGCAGGCGGGUUGGGCGGCAAGCGAACAGGCCCUCCAGAGGAGACUGGAGGAGGUGAGUGAGGAGCUGAGGAAGGCUCAGAGCAGCAGCAGCAGCCUGCAGGGCGAGCUGGAGAAAGCCCAGCAGAGCAGCACCGCUCUCACAGAGGCCCAGGCCCGUGCGGCUAACGUGGAAGCGGAGCUGAAAGAGCGGCAAGGUCAGGUGGAAGCUCUGGAGGCCCAGCUGAAGCAGGCGGAGGAUGGGAAACAGCAGCUGCAGGCCCAGGUGACCUCCAUUCAGGCCCUGCUGGAUGCCAGCCAGCACAGAGAGCAGGACACACAGACUGGGAACACAGCUGAACUGGAACAGUUGCAAAGCAGCCUGGCAGAGAAAGAGAGCAGGGUGGUAGCACUGGAGGAAGAACUAGCCCAGCUAAAAGCUGAGAAACAGUCACCAAGCCAGCAGAGUGAGGGUGUGAAGCAGGUGGCAGAUCUUGAGGAAGAGCUGAAGACCCUCAAAGAGGAAAUGGAGAGAAUUAAAAAUGUUGAUGUCACCUCAGAGUUGGAACAGUUGCGAGUCAGUUUAACAGAAAAAGAAGGACAGGUUGCAGCACUCGGAGCAGAGCUUCAGCAGCUGAAGGAACAGGAACAAAACAAUGAACAGAAACCGGAUAACCAAGCUGAACUGGAACUUUUGCAGAACAGCCUGAAGGAAAGGGAGACACAGUUGGCCUCUCUAGAAGAGGAACUGAGGCAGUACAGAGAAGUGGAAGCGGCACAGAACGCUAGCCCUGCCUCAGACAAGACAGAGGAGUUGGAGCUGCUGCAAAACAGCCUAGCCGAGAAAGAAACACUAUUGUCCUCAGUACAGCAGGAGCUGCAGCUACUGAAAGCAGAUCUGGAACAGUCAAAGAGUCAGAACAGUGACAAGGAAGCUGAACUGACAGAGGCUAAGGAGGUUCUUCAGUCUCUCUUCCCACAGAUUACCAUAGCUACAGAACAGUCCAAAUGGUUGCAGGAAUUUGCAGAGAAGGCUCAGGAGAGUCUGUGUCAGAGACAACAAAGUCAGGAACCUCAGCAAAGCACAGAACUGCCAGAGCUGUUGGCGAAACUGAAGGAGGCAGAGGAAAGCCGUAACACCCUGCAGACAGAGUGUGACCAGUACAGGAGUGUCUUGACUGAAACGGAGGGAAUGCUGAAGGACCUGCAGCGGAGCGUGGAGGAGGAGGAGCUUGUAUGGAAAGCCAAAAUGGCAGAGUCAGAGGCACAGCUCAGACAGGCACUGGAGAGGGCGCACACGUUAGAAGAGACAGCCGAGAGUUUGAGGGCAGAAAGCCAAAACACAGAAAAGCUGAGGGAACAAGUGAUGCUUCUGGAGGCCCAGCUGGAGAAACAGGUUGAGUCAGCCACAACAGACAGUCAGAGUUACUCUGAGGAGAUGACACAGCUGAAACAGCUGCUGUCAGAUUCUCAGAGUCAGCUGAGUGCGGCCCAACAGGAGGCUCAGGCCCAGAGAGAGGAACUCACCAAGGUGCGACAGCAGCUGAGUGAGAUGACGGAGAGUGCCCAGAGAAGGCAGGAGGAGCUACAGGCCUCUCAGGUCCAGGUGCGACUGGAGCAGACUGAGGAGAAACUGCAGGAGGAGGAGCUCCAGAGGCAGCAGCUCUCUGAGGAGUAUGAGCAGGCCUUGAAAACAGUUACAGAGCUUCAAGCCCAGCUGGAUCAUCUGAAAGCUUGUGGGGAUGCAUCUUCCUCAGACGGCGAGGAUGUGGCCCAGCUUAAGGAGCGCCUGGAUAAAGAAAGGAAACUGACCAAAGAUCUUGGCCAAGCAGCCACUAAACUUCAGCAACUCCUGAAAGCAAGUCAGGAACAGCUAGCCAAAGAGAGGGACACGGUGAGGGUCCUCCAGGACCGACUUCAGGGAAAGGAUGGGGUUGAGGAGCCAAAGCAAGGGACCUCUGUUUGAAUUUAAGGACACUACAAAAUUUGCCAAAAAUGCCUUACAAUGACCAAACUUAUGCAUUCCUGAAUACUAUUUUAUGUACUGUUGUUAAAAUUACACUUGUAUAAGUAAUCAACCUAAUGAAUUGUUAUGUGGAAAGCAAACUUUUUAUGAAAAGAAAAACAAACUCUGCUGGGACAGUUUUGUCAAGACAAACAUUCCAUCAAAAAGUGUUCUGGCUAUGUCAGAAAUUAAUCCUAAACUGCCUUAUAUUUUCUAAAUUCCCUCCCACCUCCCUACUCCCAUGGCUCAGUGUUAAAAGGGAACUUGUAUGUGCGUUAAACGUGCAUCGACUAGUGCAAUUACUUUUAGUGGUGGAAUAGAAGGAACAUUUUAUGGUACAUGAUCACAAUUCAUGGAGUGCCCUCUACUCUUUGUAGCUGGCUGUGACACAAUUAUAUGAAUUUGAUAUGUAAUAAACUAUAAUGUAGCUUUAA